AUGCCUGGCUCCACUGCAAGCGAUGAAUUCGACGAUGAUUCUGUCCACGGAGCCACCCGCAGAACGCUGUUGAAGAUCAAAGGAUUCAGCGAAGUCAAGGUCGAGAAGAUCAAGGAAGCUAUUCAGAAAUGUUUGUUGCCAUCCAGUGGCUUCCAAAGCAUGAGUAUCAGCGAGGUGUACGGCGAGUUUCGCUGUGGCAAAACCCAGCUGUCCCAUACCAUGUCCGUCAUCGCGCAGCUUCCCAAAGAAAUGGGGGGCGGAGAGGGCAAAGUCGCAUACAUUGACACAGAAGGAACAUUCAGACCGGAACGUAUCGCCCAGAUAGCGGAACGUUUUGGUGUUGACCCUGAGUCUGCUCAAGAGAACAUUGCUUACGCUCGCGCACUCAACAGCGAACAUCAGCUAGAAUUGCUCAACACGCUUUCGAAGGAAUUCGCUGGUGGUGAUUACAGGCUCCUUAUCAUCGACAGCAUCAUGAAUUGCUUCCGCGUGGAUUAUUGCGGCCGUGGAGAACUCGCCGAACGCCAGCAGAAGUUGAACCAAUUUCUGAUAAAACUGGCGCAUAUGGCCGAAGUCCAUCUUCCAGAAUUCAACGUCUGUGUGCUGAUGACCAAUCAAGUGCAAAGCGAUCCUGGAGCCAGCGCUCUCUUUGCAGGCGCCGAUGGUCGUAAGCCCGUGGGCGGUCAUGUCCUCGCUCAUGCCUCGACGACUCGGGUCCUUCUUCGCAAGGGUAGAGGUGAAGAGCGCGUUGCUAAGAUUCAGGACUCUCCAGACUGCCCCGAGCGCGAGGCAACGUACGUCAUCACUAACGGUGGCAUUAAUGAUCCCGAUAAGGUCUAG